AUGUCAGACACGUCACUCAUCACAAACACAAGCUGCUUGCACGUCUCGGACGUUGACGCGUCCGUGAAGUGGUACGAAGACGCCUUCGGCGUCUCGGUUAUCCACAAGCUGAGCACGGAGAAAUUCACGUCUGCGUUUGUGGCAGUGGACGCAAAGCGCCACCCGGAUGCAGGGCUCCCUGUGUCUCAGCGGGACGGGGUCAUCGAGUUGAGACAGUUGAAGGGAGAGGCCGCCAAGCCGAAGGUAGAGAUCCACAACGGGAACACCGAGCCAUACAAGGGCUUUGGCCACUUGUGCUUUGCCGUCUCGAACAUCGCCGAGGCGCAGAAACACCUCCUCUCGCAGGGCGUCGAGUUCAAGAAGAAGCUGGAGGACGGCAGACAGAAGAACAUCGCGUUUGUCCUCGAUCCAGACCAGUACUGGGUCGAGCUCAUUGAGAACGGCAUCGACAAGGAGGAGGGCUACAAGCUCGCCUCAAACAGAAUGAACCACACAAUGGUCCGUGUCAAGGACCCGGUCCGCUCCCUCGAGUUCUACCGGGGGGUGCUUGGCAUGAAGCUCUUCUCCAAGAGAGAGUUCCCCGACGCCCAGUUCACCCUUUACUUUGUCGGUUAUGACCACACAGAGGGCUACACGGAGGGCAAGGAGCAGAGCGUCGAGCAGGCCAGCAGACAGUCCAUCAUCGAGUUGACCCACAACUGGGGCACUGAGAACGACAGCUCCUUCAAGGGCUACUACGUCUUUGGCGGCACCAACCACAACGAUGACUCCGUCGUCGGCUUUGACCACUUCUCCGUGUCCUGCAAGGACUCGGGGAAGUUCCUCAAGGAAUUGACCUCCCGGCAGGUUAUCUUCCUUCACAGAGACAUCGAGGCCGCCACAGCCACCGUCACCGACCCAGACGGAUGGAGAGUCGGCAUCCACUCCUACGACUACCUCAAAUAG